AUAUUGCGAUAUUUAUAAAUUAUAUUCAUACUCUUAAGGCUUGGCUGAUUGAUUCUUCUAUACAGCUCGCUAAACCUGGCAGUCAACGACGAUGCUCGGCCAGGGAUGAGGAGGAGCACGGAGGAAGUGGCUAGAAGUCUUGAGCGUCGUAGCUAAAAGACGAAAAAGAGGGGAAGAGGGUGAAGGAGACGUGGAUUAGCCGUUUACCCGCGUCCUCGGAUGGGGAAGAAAAAAAGACAUUUAAUUUCCCGGCGAGCGAUGCUGCUAGCGUGCUAGCCCGUCCAGUUGACGUGCGUUCCAUUUUCCGCUGAUACGCUCGCUUAGUUCGACACGCUAGUUAUUCGAUGGCUAUCGGAACAAUUUGACCCCGCCACGGACUAACGUGUUAAUGUGAAAUGGUGGCGGAUGAUGUUAGGUGGUUCUCCCUUUGAACCGCUCGUAUGAGUGUUAUAAACGGUGCCCGCGACCCGACUGCGCCUCGAUGUUGAGCAUCUCACGGGCGUUUUAUCGGCGGGCCUAAUGAACUUGCAAAGGAUACGUGGAAGCUUGGCAAGCUGAUCGGGUGGGUGUUCGUGCUCACUGGCUUCAUUGUAUCUAGCUUCGCGUAAAUUACGUGGUGCGCCUACUUUUUUUCUGCGCUGGGCGAGAAGAAGACGAAGGGAGAAAAAAAUGCGAAUUUCGUCCUUGCUGGCCGUGUUCCGGCCUGCUCUACCGCUGAUCCUGGGGCUGUCUCUGGGCUGCAGCCUGAGCCUGCUUAUGGUGUCUUGGACUCGAGGAGACGCGGACGAUGUUUGCGGAAGCGAGCUGGCCAACGCUGGGAGGUUUCACCUGGCCAGGGGAGACGCUCAGAGCGACGCCAAGGACGAUGCGAGAGGAGGCGAGGGCGGCGAUGAUGACUUCCAGCCGCGCAUCGUCCCCUAUCACAAGGACCCGAACCAGCAGCAGCACAAGAAAGUCCUGAGAACUCGCUACAUCCACACCGAGCUGGGCAUCCGUGAGCGCCUCCUGGUGGGCGUGCUAACGUCGCGCGCAACCCUCAACACGCUGGCGGUGGCGGUGAACCGGACCGUGGCGCACCACUUCCCGCGCACCUUCUUCUUCACGGGCCUGCGCAGCGCUAAGGCGCCGCACGGCAUGGCGGUGGUGGCUCACGGCGACGACCGGCCCGUUUGGCUCAUGUACGAGACGGUGCGCCACCUGCACCGGCAGCACGGCGCCGACUACGACUGGUUCUUGCUGGCCCAGGACGACACGUACAUGCAGGCGGAGCGGCUGAGCGGGCUGGUGGGCCACCUGAGCGCCGGCCAAGACCUCUACAUGGGCCGUGCCGAAGAGUUCAUCGGCGGCGAGGAGAAGGCGCGCUACUGCCACGGCGGCUACGGCUACCUGCUGUCGCGCAGCCUGCUAGAGCGGCUGCAGCCGCACCUGGACGCCUGCCGCAACGACAUUCUCAGCGUCAGGCCCGACGAGUGGCUUGGCCGCUGCAUCAUCGACUACCUGGGACUCAGCUGCGUCGAGGUCCACCAGGAGAUGACGUACCGCUACUUCGAGCUGGGCAAGAACGCCGACCCAGAGCGCGAGGACAGCCCUGCGUUCAAGCACGCCUUCACCGUGCAUCCCGUGUCGGAGCCCAACCUCAUGUACCGGCUGCACAAGCGCUUCAGCCAGAUCGAAUUGGACUGGACCUACGCGCAGAUCCAGGAGCUGCAGACGCAGAUCGGUAACCUGAGCGAGCUGACGCCGGAAGGCGCGGCGGGCGCCACGUGGCCGGUGGGCAUCAACGCUCCGUUCAAGCCCCGCACGCGCUUCGAGGUGCUCAACUGGGACUACUUCACCGAGGAGCACAUCCACGCGUGCACCGACGGCUCGCCCAAGUGCGAGCUGCGCGGCGCCGACCGCGCCGACGUGGCCGGCGUGCUGGAGGCGGCGCUGGAGCGUCUCAACGCGCGCUACCAGCCGCGGCUGCGCUUCCUCAAGCGCCGCCUGCUCAACGGCUACCGGCGCUUCGACCCCACGCGCGGCAUGGAGUACGUGCUGGACCUGGCGCUGGAAGCGUACACGCAGAAGGGCCGCAGCCGGGUCAUCGCCAAGCGGGUGCUGCUGCUGCGCCCGCUCAGCGCCGUGGAGAUCAUCCCCAUGCCUUACGUGACGGAGGCCACGCGGGUGCAGCUCAUCCUCCCCGUCACGGCGCAGGAGCGCCAGCAGGUGGCCGCCUUCCUGGACACGUACGCCGCCAACGCGCUGGACACGCGCGACAACGCCCUCCUCACCGUCCUCUUCGUCUACGACCCCUUCGAGGCGCAGCGCGUCAGCCGCGAGGACGUGUUCGCCGGCGCCAAGGCGGCCAUCGGCGAGGCCGAGAAGCGCUACCGCGACGUCAAGAUCCCGUGGAUCAGCGUCAAGACCGAGGUGCCGUCGCAGGUCAAGCUGAUGGACGUCAUCUCCAAGAAGCACCCGGUGGACACGCUCUUCUUCCUGGCCAGCGUGUGGACCGAGGUCAACGGCGACUUCCUCAACCGCUGCCGCAUGAACGCCAUCAGCAGCUGGCAGGUCUUCUUCCCGGUGCACUUUCAGGAGUUCAGCCCGGCCGUGGUGCCGCGGCCCUCCACCCCGGCCUCCGACCCGCUCCGGGACGGCCACUUCGACCGGCGCGUGUUCGACGAGGCCUGCUUCUACAACGCCGACUACAUGAGCACCCGGGCUAAGAUGGCGGCCGAGGCCUUGGACAACGAGGAACUGCUGGAGAGCAUGGAUGUGUACGACGUCUUUGUGCGCUACUCCGGCCUGCACGUCUUCCGCGCGGUGGAGCCGGCGCUGGUGCAGAAGUACGCCACGCGCCAGUGCAACCCGCGCUUUAGCGAGGAUAUUUACCACAGGUGUGUGCUCAGCAACCUGGAGGGACUGGGCUCCCGCGCGCAGCUCGCCGCCGCGCUCUUCCAGCACGACCAGGCCAGCAGCACUUAGGCCGACGCCGCAUUUGCGCUCUUUUAACUUUUAAAACAAUUCCGGGUUCAAAGUUGUUCUUCAUUUAAACUGAAGCAGUUGUAUUCCAUGUCACCAUUUCAUCAAAAGAAAAUGAAUGAAUAGCAUUUCCA